CCCAUUUGUUUCGGUUUUUGACGUUGCGAACCUCUGGACCUAGGCCGUGCUCCACCGCUCCGUUCUGUCCACAGCCGCAUUGUCUUCAAGCGCCGUCGCAUCCCCUAUCAUUCCAUAGCUAUAGUUUGUUGCUUUGUUCUCUGCUCUAUCCACACUUUCCUUUCUUCCUCUGUUUUCUGUUUCUCUCUGUUUCUUUUCUUUUCAAACUUGGUUUCUGUUUCUUCAAUUCUUUUGUUGAUAAUCUGUUUGAUUUAUGUUUCUUUUCCAGAUUUUCCAAAUUUGCUUUAACUUUUGUUUGAGUUUUGGUAUUUACGCUUUGUUUGGUAGAAAACAACGGAUAUCUGAUAAGUUAGCUUAUAGAAGAAGUUAUAGCGGAUAGCUUGCAAAUAAGCUAGUCGAAUACAUUUGGGGGUGUUUGGUAAAGUUAGCGGUUAAACUAGCUUAUAAACAUGAAAUAAUAUGAUAUAAGCUAUAAGCUCAAAAUUGUCUUGCCAAAACAGAGUCUUGGACUUAACUUGUUUGUUUCCUUGUUGGCUUUUACUUCUGAUUAUGAGUUUUGAGUAAUUUAUUUCAUUUUUCUGCAAUUAUUUGAUUAUUAAUACUAACUGUAUAAUAAUUCCUAAAUAUAUGAAAUAGCUUCCGCUCUGCUAUCCGGGAUUGACAACUAUCGCAAACAAUGUUCCUCUUCGACCCUCCCAGUGACGAAGAAAUUGAACACUACAAUCCUGAAUCAGAAGAAGAGCAAGGUAAAUCAGAAUCAGAAUCAGGAGUAGAAGAGAAAGAAGAAGAGUACAAAGAACCACGAGUUUCAAAGAAGAAAACACAGUCUCCGUGGGAUUUCACAAAAUACUCGGAAUCAGUAGCCGAAGAACAUGCUCGCAGGAGUACAACCUCUGUAGACGACAAAAUCUAUGCCGUUAGACAACGUGCCAUGCCCAUUGUUGCUUUCCCCGACACCGAUGACUACAGUAACUCUGACUCUGAACCUGAUAAACAAGAAGAUUAUAGAUCGGAAGAAGAUGGAGAAGAGGGUAAUGCUGGUGGUGACAACAAGCCCUUUUUUGCUCCUUCUGAUGGAACCUCUUUUAGUGCCGAUUCAUUCUUGCAACUCAAUUUGUCUCGCUCUUUACUCCUGGCUUGUGAGGCCUUGGGGUAUGCUAAACCAACACCAAUUCAGGCGGCUUGUAUACCAUUAGCAUUGACUGGUCGUGAUAUAUGUGGAAGCGCCAUCACAGGAUCGGGAAAGACAGCUGCAUUUGCGCUACCUACUUUAGAGCGAUUGCUGUUCCGUCCAAAAGGUGUGCAUGCAAUAAGGGUUCUUAUUCUUACUCCAACAAGAGAGUUGGCAGUCCAAGUUCACAGUAUGAUAGAGGAGCUUGCUAAAUUUACUGAUAAUAUAAGGUGUUGCCUGAUUGUUGGUGGUGUGCCAACGAAGGGGCAAGAGGCUGCCUUGAGAUCAAGGCCAGACAUUGUUGUGGCUACUCCAGGACGCAUGAUUGACCAUUUGCGCAAUUCGAUGUCGGUGGAUUUGGAUGAUCUCGCUGUUUUAAUCCUUGAUGAAGCAGAUCGUCUUUUGGAGCUUGGAUUUAGUGCUGAAAUUCAGGAACUUGUUCGCGUGUGUCCCAAAAAAAGGCAGACCAUGCUGUUUUCUGCAACCAUGACCGAGGAGGUUGAUGAUCUUAUUAAACUUUCCCUGUCAAAACCCGUGCGUCUUUCUGCUGAUCCAUCUGCAAAACGGCCAGCAUCCUUGACUGAGGAAGUGGUUAGAAUAAGAAGAAUGCGUGAAGUCAAUCAUGAAGCAGUUCUCCUUGCAAUGUGCACCAAAACUUUUACCUCUAAAGUGAUAAUUUUCAGUGGAACAAAGCAAGCGGCACAUAGGCUGAGGAUUAUUUUUGGAUUAUCUGGAUUGAAAGCUGCUGAGCUUCAUGGAAAUCUUACUCAGGCCCAACGUCUUGAUGCUUUGGAACAGUUCAGGAAGCAGCAAGUGGAUUUUUUGGUUGCGACUGAUGUGGCUGCUCGUGGCCUUGACAUUAUCGGUGUUCAAACAGUUAUCAAUUUUGCAUGUCCUCGUGAUCUUACCAGCUAUGUUCAUCGAGUGGGUCGUACUGCAAGAGCUGGGAGAGCGGGAUCUGCUGUCACAUUUGUUACUGAUAGUGACCGAUCACUUCUAAAAGCUAUUGCAAAGAGGGCUGGGUCAAAGCUGAAAAGCCGCAUUGUUGCAGAACAAGCUAUACUCAAGUGGUCUCAAGUAAUUGAGCAAAUGGAGUAUCAAAUUUCUGAAGUACUUCAAGAAAAGAGGGAAGAAAUGAUCCUAAGGAAAGCUGAAAUGGAGGCCACCAAGGCCGAAAACAUGAUUGCACAUAGGGACGAGAUAUUCUCCCGCCCCAAAAGAACUUGGUUUGUUACAGAGAAGGAGAAGAAGCUUUCAGCUAAAGCAGCAAAAGCAUACUUGGAUAAGGAAGAGGGUUCUUCUCAGAAGGUGAUUAGUGCCGAGCAAGCUGAGGACCUCAAAAUGAAGGAAAAGAGGAAGCGAGAGCGAGAGAAAAAUAUGCCUAGGAAGAAGCGCAGAAAGCUGGAAGCUGCUAGAGAGAUGUUGGAGAACGAGGAGCAGGAUGACAAGCCAAAAGAUAAGGGGGCAAAUAAGAAUGAUAAGGGUGGAAUGGCACUUGUUGAUCUUGCAUACCGACGUGCAAAAGCAGUAAAGGCCGUCAAGAGAGCACUAGAUUCUGGAAAGGUUGUGAAGAAGCCUCAAAAGAAAUCUAAUAAAUCUAAUCCUCCGGAAAAGACUUCUUCAAGGACAGAAGAGAUGUGGGAGAUAUUCCAGACUGACAUGAACGAUAAAAAGCCGAAACAAAGAGGUUCUGGAGUAGGAAAGGUCAAGAAAUCGUUCAAAAGCAAGUCAAGGUACAAGAGGAAGUAGUCUGUGAGGCUAAUAAUCCUUGUCAUAGUAUAUAUGCAUGGAAGGUUAGGAAAUUACAAUGUGUCCUCAUUAGAUCAUGUCAAAUGCUUAUGCCAUAUAAUCCACUCCAUUAACUAAUAAAUUUUGUAAUCCUAACAUCGGAUUGAGUUCCAAAUGUUAUCAAUAGGGAAGUAUGAAUGACAAACUCUUAAUUGUUACUUUUGGGUUUGCUGUUAUGGCAGCACCAUUAUGCCUGAUA